CGCUUGAUCAGUUGCGGUUUUUACUUUCAUCGCUUCAGUCGUCGGAGUCUCGUUGCCUUCAUCAGCGGUACGGGUCCAGUCUUGGACUUGUCCAAAAUUCGUAAAAACAAAAAUACCCAAGCAGAAACGUGCCUAGUGAAUUCAGAAAACAAUUUGUUUGCCCAACCCAUGAAGCUGAGGAGGCCGCCAGAGUGAAUUGGAAUCUGAGAUAGCGACAAUGACAGCUAGGCAGCGCAGAGACGAUUGCCCCCACUUUGUCCCAAGGGAGCUUUAUCAAUAUACCUAAGAGGAGGCAAAAAAUGUAUCGCAGAGAUUAACAACAAAUUCUAAAAGCUAUCACACAAUCGCUGCAAGAUACAAAGCAGAAACAAGGAGCAGUUGUCAGGAAAGGAUAAGGGAAAAACGGAAGAUAACGCUAAAAAUGCAAUCCCCAAGGAUUGCUCUGGUUGCUGGUCUAGUGAUCAUUACCUGUCUGCUCCCAAGCACUAGCGAAGGUUUCACAGAGUCCAAUGAGACUCUGAAAGCAGCGGCAUCGGCAGGACAUUUGUAUUCCGGUAGGACAAACAUAACCGUCUUGCAUGAGGUGAACAGUGAUGGGGAAAUCCCAAUCGAUCCGCCUUUCACCCUGAACACCCACGAGGUGUUGCCCCUGAAACCGCUGAAGAAAAAGCCCUACCUAUCCCUUGAGAAGAUUCUGCCCACCCUCGAAUACGUAAAGUCGCAUCCACUCAAGGAAUACGAGCUGCACCCGGUCACGUUCGAUUUUAAUCUGGGCGAUCUCGAGGAUCUGGAGCACGAGGUCAUUAAGAAGGGUGAUCUCACCAUAAAGGAACAGCAUGUUCUGGGCACGGAAACGGCCACUGGCACUGAACUCAGUUAUAGUCCCGAUCCUAGUCCAGACGAAAUUGACACCGUCGAUGUAGAAAUUGCCGAGCUCCAGUCCACUGAGCCCACAACAGCCACAUUGGCAGCAACCAUGACGCCAGCUUCAACCUCAGACUCCUCGCCCACUCCCAGCACUCACAUACUCAAGAUCCUCAGAAAUAAGUCUCCACCCACCGCAAAGAUUGGACGGGAUCUGCUCAAGCAAAGUGAUGAUGAAACGCAGCUGAAGACUCUGGGGAGCACCAUCAACAGCAUUACCCGGUAUCUUGGGAGCAACGCUUCAGCCGUAGGAGUCAACAACAGCAUGGCCGAAAGCAUUUAUAGGUCGCCCAAUUACUUCCAGAUCGUAGCCAAUUUGUACGAUCACUUCUACUGGCAGAUCUCAGAGAUCCGCACCAACGUGCGUACAAGCUGUGGUCUGGAGAUGCAGGCCUACCUCACAGCCCUCCACUCCAGCUACGAGUGGGCCCAGAAAGCCUACGACUCCUCGGGUCGCUAUCGGGGUCAGCUGCUCUUUGGGAACGAUAAGUGGCUGGGCCAGCUCUCCUUCUGUUAUGAGCUGAAUCGCCAGAGCACCAGUGCAGAACGCAAGCACAUCGACCUGGAAUUUUAUGUGGCGGAUGUGGCCCUGCAUCUGCCCAGACUGAAUCGAUCGAUGCUACUGAGUCUGGGCGAGUGCCUGCCCAAGUCGUGCACGGCCCACGAUGUGCAGUCCAUACUAUCGUUGGAUCCCUAUGCCCGCAUGCUAAUCGUUCUGGGGUCCCACAACUCCUCGCUGCAGCAGCCUCCACUCCAAGUGCUGCACGUUCGCACUGUGCCAGGGGUGUACAGCCACUGGCGACAACUCAAGUUUCAGGUCUUCAUUAGCUUUAUGUUCACCCUACUGCUCGUCGUAAUUGUGGCUUCAUACUACCAAAUGCGGAUCGAUGAGCGUCGCUUAGUGGCUGCGCCCAUAGCCGCCAUCAGUGGCAAGUGCGACGGAUCCCCAGGCAAGAGUGGAAACGACUAUGCAGUCGCCUUCUAUGGCAAGCCCUUCGAACUCUUCCAGAUGCGUCCGCUGGGUGGCAAUGCCACUGCUAAUGUCAAUGGAAAUGCCAUUGACAACCUCGAUAUGGAUGUCAAUGGGAAUAGGCAGCGCUCGGGAAAUUCCAGUGAUGUCGCAGAUGGCUUGACUGCAGGCGCUGAUGAAACUGGAAGCAACCAUAUGCAGGCCACCUCAACCUCUGCCUCCGUGUCAAGGAAGUCGGAGAUGACAGACUACCAAGUGGAGACAGGAAGUUGUGCUGGGGCGGCUGGCACAUACGAGGCGGAGCAGCCCAUUGCUUUCCACCAGCAGGUCCUUCUAUGCUUUGCACUACAGACAAAUGCCAAAGCCAUACUGAACAUUGACAAAACAAAAGAGACUCACACCUCCUGCCUGCACGGACUGCGCGUCUUCUCCGUGCUGUGGACCAUGAUGGUGCACACCUAUCUGCAGAUGUUUGCCAUAGGCGAGAAUAAGUUUGAACGCGUGAUCACGGAACGCUCGGUGUGGUAUCAGGUGAUUGGGAACGCCACAUUCUCGGUGGACUCGUUCUUCUUCAUCAGUGGUCUACUGGUCACACUUCUCUACCUCAAGCAGGAGCGCAAGCAUCCCUCGGAGCCGUGCCACUUUGUGCGACGCAGCUGCAUGGAAAGCCUGAUGAUGCUACUCUACCGCUAUCUACGCCUCACGCCCAUAUAUCUCUUCGUGGUAAUUUUUAAUGACUUUGCGGUCAGACAAGGCCUGGACUCGUCCGUGUUCCAGCCGGCCAAGAUCGAACAUAACACCUGCCGCAUCUACUGGUGGCGCAACAUCCUAUACAUCAACAACUUCUUUCCACAGCGCGAAAUGUGCAUGAUGUGGAGCUGGUACAUGGCCAACGAGAUGCAGUUCUAUGUGAUGGCUGCCCUUCUUCUGGCUUUUUCCAGAAAAUACUUCAAGGCAGUGGCUUUGACGUUGAUCGUUUUCCUGUUUAGCUCCUGGAGCAUCUCGGGCAUUGUGUCCUUGCAGCAUCAGUACACUCACAAAGUAGCGCUUCCUUUCGAGUCCUUUGACUUUCUAUACGAUAAGCCCUGGCAACGUGUGGGAUCCUAUAUUGUGGGCAUGUUCACGGGCUACGCAUUGUAUAAGGUGAAGACGCCACCACAGGUAUCCAGGCGCCUCAACGGAGCCCUUUGGGCGGCCAGCGUGGCCACGCUUCUAAUUGUCAUAUUCGGCGUCUGGAAGGGACAGCUGAGUACCUGGAGCACCGCCUUCUAUGUGGGUGUCGGUCACACGGCCUUCAGCUGCGGACUGGUCUGGAUCGUACUCUCCAGCUGCUGGGGCCUGGCGCCCACCGUGAAUGCGAUCCUGUCCUACCGUGUGCUGUGGCCCCUAUCGCGCCUCACAUACUGCGCCUACCUAAUCCAUCCGAUCAUAAUGUUCAUCUGCUCUUCACACAUGAGCGGCACUGUUCACCUGAGCAACUUGCUUAUCCUCACUCUCUUCCUGGGUAAUGCCGUCGUCUCCUUUGGCUCUGCCUUUGUCAUUUCGGCCUUGUUCGAGGCGCCCGUCAUUCGCAUCCUCAAGAUAUGCUUCAAGAAGUGAUCGGUUAUUGCUGAUAAAUGAUCAAUGCGAUCUGUAAUCCGAGAUUGUUGAUGAUGAUUUUCUAACCAAGGGAAGCUCGUUUCGUUAAUUGUUAAUGGAGCUUACCCCGAUUCCAGUCUAGUUGGUUGUUCUAUCCUUUUUGUUUUUUUUUUUUGUGUAUUCUCAAACGUGUGCACACCGAUGUCAGCUAAUUUGUAUACUAUAUCAAAUAAUAUAUACGUAUAUACGUAUAUAUUCAUAUAUAAAUAUGAAAAUUGUUUAAUCUAUUCAGUUGAGCGGCACUGUAUAUAUAUAUAUAUAUGUAAAUAUUAUACGUACGUAAGAUAGUUUUAAGAUGGUUUUGUGAGCGCCAGUUAAUUGCUAAAAAAUAUAUUAAAAUCUAUAGUUUUUUUAUGAAU